GCGACCCCUCGUCGAGCCCCGCGUAGCUGCGCGUUGCGCGUUGCCUGUGGUGUGCGUGUUUGGGCUUGUGUGUCACGAUAUUGCCCUCGUCACGCUCCAGAGUCCAGCUUCACACGGCCACUGGCGCGGCUGGAGCGAGGGAGGCAGCCGAGUCGCUCGCGGAGAAUCGAGGAAAUCGUGGGGUUCAUGUCGUCUGCUGCGGUCGUCUGCUAGCUACCCCUUUGCUAUCUGACUGGGGCAGCCAUGGCUAUACACAUUUUGGAUGAUAGCCAUUUGGCUAUUUGUGCUAUCAUCACUGUUGUGAUGCAAGUGAUUUUCUUCACCAUUGCUGCCACAUUCCAAUUUGACAAGGUUACGGAUUUUGCCGGAGGAGUCAACUUUAUCAUUUUAGCUGUAGUGACAUUAUGCCUCGGCCAGACGUAUGACAGUCGUCAAGUCAUGGUAACAUUUUACAUAUGUCUAUGGGGAGCUCGACUUUCUGGCUAUCUUCUUUAUCGUAUCAUUGUCAUAGGACGAGACAAGAGAUUUGAUGAUAGGCGCAGUAACAUCAUCAGAUUUGCCGUGUUUUGGACCUUCCAGGCAAUUUGGGUGUUUGUUGUGAGCCUUCCGGUGAUAUUCAUCAAUGCUCCUCACAAUGCUAUUCCAAAAGUUCCAAAGACCAUGACACAUCUAGAUUCGGCUGGAACUGGCCUGUUCAUCAUUGGUCUCUUAACAGAGACAUUUUCAGACUUGCAAAAGUUCCAGUUCCGUCAAGAUCCAGCUAACAAAGGAAAAUGGUGCAAUGAUGGUCUAUGGGCAUGGUCGCGUCAUCCCAAUUACUUUGGUGAAAUUGUCCUUUGGUGGGGCAUUUUCAUUAUUUCUAUAAAUGUUAUCAGAGGACCCGAAUGGGUGGCAGUUGCUUCUCCAAUUUUCACUUCACUCAUUCUGUUGUUCUUGUCGGGUAUUCCACUUCUGGAGCGCUCCUCAGAUGAAAAGUUCAGAGACAACCCUGAUUAUCGCUACUACAAGAAAUCAACAUCACCAUUGAUUCCAAUGCCACCAGCUAUUUAUGUUGAGGUGCCACGAUUUUUGAAGUUCAUAAUUUGCUGUGAAUUUCCUCUGUAUAAUUCACUGCACCCAAAGGAACCCAUUCCUGGCGCAAAUAUCGGUACCAUUGGGGGUACUAUUGGCACUAUUGGUAGUAGUAAAGGCGCAACAGAAAUGUAGCUAAUGGCCAAAGUCAGCUCAAGUGACAGCAGAGGAGAAAAAGCAGUUGCUGUUUGAAAUCUCUGUACUUGGUCUGGCUUUAAUUUUGUGUCGAAGUCAGUGUCACACUGACUUAAUUAAUACGGUUCGAACUUUAACUCUAAGUUGUGCUGUAUAAAUUUUUAAAUAUUUUACUAUGUAUUUCUGUGAAAAACUGUGAAUGUGCGUGGUGUUGAUUCUGAACAAAGCACAUCUAAUAUAUGCUGUGUACAUAUACAUAACAUCACCUCAGCUACUGAACAGCUCAGCACCUGUGGAUUUGAUUAAAAGAGAAUUGCAAACCGGAAAAUGUAUCUUUGGAGCUUCUCUUUGCCAUUUCUUUGGUAGUAUCUUACAGUGGUCUCAAAGGCUACUAGUUCUUUUAUGGCACCUUAGUACGUGUCUGUCUCCAUGCAGAAGCUCCUUUAAUCUGCCCCUAAUGUUAAAGAGAUCAACAACAUUCAAAUAGUGCGUCUGAAAAGGUUUCUUGCAUUUUAAGACUUUUCAUUGAAACUCCACUUUGGUGAAUUGAUGCGUGAAAUGUUCUUCAUUUUAACUUUCCUCUCAUCAUUUAAAAUGUUUUUCCUUAAUGUAUUCUAUGGUGGCACAAAUUUAUGCUCAGGCAUUCAAUAUUUUCUUUGUAGGGAUAAAGAAACUUAAGUAUAUUUUUGAGGAGCUACAUCAAUGGACUUCCCUCCAUGCACAAAGGCAUACAUUUUUGCCCUCCUAUCAUGUAAUUUUUUUGUGACAAAAGCGUCUUACAGAAAAUAUCAUGUACACAGCCAGUUUAUGUAUUUAAUGUUCCGUGUAUUAUAAGGGGAAAAGUAGCAUGUAUGAUGAAAUGUGCUAAUAUUGUUAUGGAUUGAUUUAUGGAGAUUAAAUUGCCCUGACAAUGUUCAAUGCAUUUACAAAUUCUGUGAUUGUUCAAAGGUUGUUUUCUGUGCCUGUUGAAACUUCAGGUGCAGAGGCCUCCUGAAGCUGGGUGCAUCUGUCUGGUUCCAUUUGUGUUGUGAAUCUUAUAGUACUGCAUUCACUUCAGAGCAUUCACUAAUAAGUAGUGCCUAUGAGAGUCUACAAUUACCAAUUUUACCGAGCCAAAUAAUUUGAGAGGAAAAUGAACCCUGUGUGGACAUAAACUAAAUGUUUUGCAAUGCAUCCAUUGCAAUAGAGAAGGAUUUUCAGUACAGGAUGCAUUGCAGUUUUCAGACUCUGGUUACUUUUUCUAUGUAGUUUCUUUACUUUCAUAGAUGCAUACUCAGUAAUAAUACUAGAAUUUUUUUCUGAUUUAAUCCACUGUUGUAAAGUUGUUCACUUUAAACUUGUUGUUCCUCCUUUAUUGGAAAGAGGUGUGUACAUUGUUUGAACUUAAAGCAAUAAUGCCCUAGUAGAAUAAAUAUUAGCUUAUGGAACUAAAUGAAACUUUGCGCCAAAAAUUGAGAGUAGGCAAGGUGCAUCACACUUCAUUAUAUUAAAAGUUGAUGGGUCUUUCUCAGUAAUAUUUCUUUGGCAAAGUUGAGAUAUGUCUUGUUAGCUAGAGAGUAAGGUAAAAUUUCUUUUCUUUUCCCUUUCCUUUUUUUUUUUUUUUGUUGUGUUAGGAGAUUUUGACCGUAAUUAUGAACACAUGAUUAUCUUUCGUAUCACCGUUCCAGUUGAUGCAUCAGGCACUUCUUUCGAGUAUGUGGUUGCUUUUUUUGGGGACACACAAUUGGCGUUAAGUUUGUUGAGAUGUCUAAUUGAUUUGUUAGGGUGUGGGACCAAUAAGUUUGUGUUGCUGAAGGAUGGAUUUAAAUUGUGUACUUAUUGGCUGGUCCUGUUCAGGCUUUCUUGAUUGUUGAUGUUUUUAAAAUGAAUGUAUUGAUUGAAUAUUUCUUGUUAAAUGGAAUCGUUUUGAAGUCUU